UGCGCACACCAACAAACUGGACGUUGGGACAGUGGCCACACUACUUGCUUGUUGGAGUUGCGUUUCAUCAUUAUACUACCGCAUUCACCAUGAUGUUGCAGAAGCUCUAAAUGAUAAGGGUAAUGAGCACGUUCCACCAUGACCAUCCCUGUUGUGCGACACUUAGCUAACUCUAUCAAGCAAUCAUGGAAGAAGUGGCGCGGAAUCUUUCAGAGAAAAUCCCAAGGGCGGAGCAGUAACUUCUGUGAGGAGAUGGAGACGGACAAUGAGGAUGACAUGCCCCACAACCGCCGCGGGAGGUCACUCCUACACAGGAUAUGGCGGGCCAUCGUGAGCAUCUUGCAGCGCCUUCAGAUAUUCGAUUUUUGGAGGAAUCGUGAGGACUUCUAUCAGCGCACCUUCACCAAACCUGCAGUACCCGAAGCGCGGUUACUGGUGCUUGGGGCCUCUGACACGGGCAAGUCCACCUUCAUGAAGCAGAUGAGAUUGGUGUUCGGCGACGAGUAUCCUGUGCCCGACCGUAGAAGGCACCAGCCCCACAUCCGUCGCAACCUGCUGGAGAGUGUUCACAGGAUUAUUCAAGCUAUGGACACCUUCGGCAUUACUCAGGCUACACAAGAGGCUCAGGACGCUGCUCGGAGGUUCACUGACUUGGAGCCCUUGGAACAGUUUCUUGAAGAUGACGCCAUAAUAGACCAUCAGCUGGUGGAGCAGACGCAGCUGCUGUGGGCCGACCCCAUGGUGCAGGAAGUGUACAUAAGAGGUAACGAAUACCACCUCAUGACUAAUGCUGACUACUUCAUCACAAACGCAGAGAGGAUUCUUGAUGACAACUACAUUCCCAAUGUGGAUGAUAUCCUGCGCAUGCGCUACCCGACGCGGACCUCUGUUACAUCCACCUACGACCUCGGGGAGAUGCGCAUGACGAUGCAUGACAUGGGUGGACAGAGAUCUGAACGUGAACAGUGGAUCAAACAUGACAACAACCCCACCGCCAUACUCUUCCUCGCCUCCCUCUCCGAGUAUGACCAAAACGUCGAGGAGAUACCCGAGCAGAAGAACCGGGUGCAGGAGAGCUUGGACAUCUUCGAAGACCUGCUGGGGUAUCCGCCCUUCGAGACCACCCCAGUUAUUCUUCUCCUCAACAAGUCGGAUAUAUUUCGCUCUAAGAUCCAGUAUCACGCCCUCAGAGACUACUUUCCUGAGUAUGACGGCCCUGACGGAGACGAAAUCGAGGGUCGUGAUUUCAUCUCCAGGCUGUACGAGAAGUUGGCCGUCCGUCACCGUCGUCACUUCGUGGCCCGCUUCACCGAGGCCACCAACACCGAGAACUUCAGGGCCAUCUUCACCUUCAUCAGGAGCACCGUCAGCAGAAACAUGAUGGGUAGAGGGGGGCUCUGCUAACGCCAACAUAAUAAUAUUAUAGUAGGGAGAUUCUGAGACCACAGUCAAUAAUCUUAAGCGUCGUGAGAUAUGACAGACUGAAUGUAAUGUAGUGACAUUGUUGUAAAAGAGUCUGCCAAAAAAAGUGAAGCUGAAAAAUUUUGGGCAACGAGAAGGUGAAUGUGUAAGAGAAACAAAAGAUUACUGAAUGGGAGUGUGCACAAAGGUGACCGCAGGGAGAACUGCCAAAAUUUGUGAUACAAGGUAGACACGGACGACAUUGUAUCCAUUGAGAAUAUCGAAAAGCUUACACAAAACCCCCUGAGUCCAUGAUAUGAAAAGAACAUUUGUAGUGUUGUAUCGCUGAAUACGAACAACAUUGCAUUAAAUUCUUGAUGGGGUUGGCGUCAUGUGCUUCCCGAUAUGUUUGUUCUCUGCUUGACGGAACCACGAAUCUUCAAGACAUCAUGGAAUCAGAGAAAAAACAUUUCCCCCACAAGGUCCCCGCCCCUGACUGGGGAUGUAGGUAGUACAGUAAACGUAUUUUGUCUUGAUCAUUUUUCGAAGCAAAUUGGACGCCUGUGUUGGUUUGAUAGAGGCUCCUUACUCUCAGCAAAAUACAGAUUUUAAAAAACUCAAUGAUCAAUAUGAAAGAUUUAAUAUUUCGUUUGGUCACCAAGAUACAGUUGUCGAUGUAUCUAUGGUUAACACCUGUUGAAUUUCCUCUUUGUAAAACACAUUUACCUGGUGGUUAUUAAAUGACUUGUCCAUAAUACCUCACAUAGGAUGUCUUACAGUGUUGUUUGUAUUUUAAUGAUAUGUUGGAGAUAGAUUCACUAAAGUUCGCACGAUGAAUGUUACUUGUAAUUGAAGUUGUUAGAACACAACAAACUGGUUGACGUAAGUUAAAACACAAAAACAUCACCCAAAAAUAGCUUUAAAAAUUAACCAGAAGUUCUACUUUAAUUACAGGAUGUUUUUUGAAAAUCUAGAACCUUAAUUUUGGCCAUAAUAAUGUCUCUUACUUAUGUAAAUAUAACCUAUCUUAUCUUUAAUGUUAUUUUUACAUGGCAAUAUUACGUGGCAGCUUAUGUCAACCACCUAGGUACAUUCUUAUAAAUAUCUUCACUUUCGAGUUACAUUUAUCCUUAGAAGGUAUAUUUCGUUAGAACUUUUGUGAAUCCAAAACCUGGUUGGUAAUACUGAAGGAUAUUACUUUUCGUGGGGGUUGAUAUUCAUGAUCAGUAUCUCGGUAGGUAUGGUACUACUGAUGAAUGUUUUGGGAUACCUUGCAUGUGAGGGUUAGUAUUGGUAUAUAAGUGUAGGAAAUUUGCUUUGAUAGUGUUUUUUGUGGACUUGUCUGAGAGUGUCAAGAUAAGAUGAGAACAGCUAGUCCAACCGUCCAAGAUUCAAGUAUAUGACUGUCUCUCUUUAGUAACAAAGAUGGAGGCCUGAUUGACGUCGAAAUCGCAGACAUUCCUGUGAUCAGAAUUGUUUUAAUUUUUUAUUAUUAUUCCAAGUUAAGAGAUAAUGAACCAUAGAGGCCAGAUGCCACCACCAAAAUCUGAGAUAUACAUUGUUAUAUUUUGAGCUUUUAUCUCGUGUCCAGUCUAAUGUAACGUGGCAUAAGGUACAGUACUUUAAUUUCGUCUAUUAAUUUUCUGCAAUUGACCAACCGCCCGAUCUAUAUAAAUAAGCUGACAAUUAGCUAAGAAAGUGUAACAGAUAUCUUAGCCUUUAAAAAAUCAUCCAGUGUUUUAAGUUUGAUUCGUUGUACUAUUCUCACACUCAAGAACGAAUACAGUUAUUAAACUUAAAAGAAGAAAAAUGAUUAUUAGAGUGGCGAUAAGAAGAUGGCCUGGGAAGUUGGUCGCUUAUAUGACAAAAAUCAAGGUACACUUCUCUUACCUUUAUCUUAUCCUAACCUCGGCCACGCCUGACCUUCCUCUGUCUUGACAUUUGAGUCAUAUUUUAAGAAAUUUAGAGACUGUUAUGUUGAAUUUUCUUUUAACUUAAGGUGUGAAAACGACUCUACCUGGCUCACCUAAGCAACGCCACGAAGAGGACAACCAAAAUUGCGUCAACGUUGCACUGAGACUACCGUAACUAAACACGUUCUCUCGUCCUUAUUGUCAGUGGAAUAUAAUUAACGCACGAAAUUAUAAGGUAAACUUUGGACAAAGAUUCUCAAAAGGUUGAGUUUUCCCUCUGAAACGAAGAUGUAAGACGGUACUAAACCACUUAACUGGCUGACUUAAACUAAAACAUACACGUAACCUAUACUGUACAAACUCUACCUUAACUAGAUACGUUUACUUAGUAGUAUUUAUGUGACAAAUUUAAUGUGCAGAUUCAUGCAAGCUGUCAAGAGACAAUUUGUUGCUAUUUUUUAAAAGUUGGGGACAUAUUGAUAUUUGUUAUGAUUUGCAUUGUGGAUCUUUUCUGUUAUGGCGGCUAAUGGUAUCAUGUUCCCUUUUUAAAGAAUCAUAACUAACCUAACUCAAUCUGCUAUCAAACCUAACCAAACCAAACCCGAUAUGCUAUCAAACCUAACCUAAUAUGCUAUCAAACCAUACCUAACUAACCUGAAUUAUAUUGGACAAUUGUUAGGUCUGAUUGGUUCGUUUUGCCUGUUUAAAAAGAGGGUUUCUAAGAUUUUCAACACAUAUGCAACUUAGAAAUUGCAGAGCUUAAGACAGAUAUGAAUAUUUCUUGAAUGCUCUUGUAGAGUGAAGGUAGCCUAGUUGUCUAAAAAUCGAUUGUAAUGUUUAUUUUAAUUCCCAAAUGUUCAUACAUCAUCAUUUACGGGAAUAAUUAUUUUACAACCUCUUGGAGAUAUACAAAGCCUGUGCAGGUUAUGUUCAGUCAAAGUAGUGGUAUUCAGUUUCUAUGUUCGACCAGCUUUUGCAUUACUAAAUGAUUUAGAAGCUGACGAGAGGAAGACAUAAUAGUGAUAAUUUUUUUUCAGAAAAAAUCAAACGAGAAUUCACUAUACUUAUGACAUUUUAUUGAGGUAUAAAUUUGAUUUUCUUUUUAAUUUUAUGCAGCAACCAAAAAGAUUAAAAUAAAUAUCUUAGAGAUGCAGUAUGUUUGUGUGUGGAGUUUAGAGGUUGGCUUAAAGGUCAAUUCUAGCUUCUUUAGUUUUUCAGUAAUUUAUUGGUGAUUGCCAUAAUGGUGGGUAAAAAAAUAGGUAACUAUUUUAAAAUUAACUUGCAUGACUGGAGUUUGACAUUAUGAAAUAUGGUUAAUUUGUACGGUGAAGUAAAAAUGGCCGUUGUCUCUUCCGGUGACGUCACACUUGGCAGCCCAAAAAGAUGGCGAUGUUUCUGUCACUAUUACUUCCACAUAUUUUCUAGAUUUAUUUCAUAUAAAAAUACGCUAUUAAUAACAAGCCUGACACCUAUUGACUUAUGUCAGCUAAGUAAUUUUCUUCUGGAGUUGCCCUUUAAGUUACUUUACACAGACCACACUUUAAAUUUUAAGAAAGAUUUUAUAAAUUCAUUGUUGUUACGUAUUUAGGGCCUACAACGGCCUUAGAACAUCGUUCAGCUAUAGGUCAGUUUCUACACUAAAUAACUUCGACAAAAAAUAAUAAUAAUGAUUACUAUUUUAACCUCAAACUUAAUAUACCGAGGAAACCAAUGUACCGAUGUGUCCUUCAAGUGAAUUAUAAUAUAAAUUGAAGGACUUUAUAUCAAAUACUGUUAAUUUUUUUUCAGAUUGUACAGUAUACUUGAUAAUUUUGUACAGUAUAUAGCUUGUUCUAUGUAGGUGAAGCUAUGACUUCUGAUUACUUUUUUAAAAGUUUUUAUUAGAUAAUGAAAAGUAGUUGUUUUAUUUCCAUAACAUCUGUUUUAGAUGUGUAUAUAAUUCAUUCAUUUAGUUCAAUAGACCAAAAAUUCUUUGUCCAUUUUUUAACAAAACCAACCAAGCUUUUAUUCUGGUCUUCGUUUCUUUCAGCAUUUUCAGUAUACGUAUGUAAUUUUUGUCAGGUUGAAAAUUUUCUGUCACUACUCAACGCCAACCACUCUCCAUUCAUCUGUUUUUAUUCCUGGUUCAGUAUAAGAUUUUCAGAUUCAUGAGACAGUUUUUUCUUCCAUGACAAAAUUGUGUAGAGCUUCAAUAAUACGAGCUAUCUCGCUUCAAUUCC